GCACCGACAUAUUUUGUCCCUGUCAGAGCACCGUACAGUCACUAUCUUCACAAGUGAGAUAAAAAUGGCGGAGGCACCACCGUGGCCCAGCCGGUUCUUCUGUCACCGGUGCUCAGCCGAGAUAAACCCCCGCCUCCCCGACUACACGUGUCCCAGAUGUGAGUCUGGCUUCAUCGAGGAGCUCCUGGAGGAGGAAAGCGCCGAAAACGGUUCCUCUGCCAGCAUCACUAGCGGGACCCAGAACACGCUGGCCUUCCAGAACGUGGAACCCCAGCAGAUGUUCCCCCUCCCUCCUGGGUUUGGCCAGUUUGCUCUGGGGCUGUUUGAUGAGCCGGUGCCAGAGGACAACCGUGAGGUAGAGAACCGCCGGGAGAGGGAGAUGGUGUCACGGCAACGCUACAGCGCCAGGCAACCACGGGUUCGACAUGGCGCCAGGAGGCAGAUCGGGAGGCAGGAGGGCGUGCCCACACUGGAGGGAAUCAUUCAGCAGCUGGUGAACGGAAUCAUUGCGCCCACGGCCAUGCCUAAUAUGGGCGUGGGGCCUUGGGGGGUGCUGCACUCCAACCCCAUGGACUACGCCUGGGGGGCCGGUGGUCUGGACGCCAUCAUCACACAGCUGCUGAACCAGUUUGAGAACACGGGUCCUCCUCCAGCUGACAGGGAGAAGAUCAAGACCCUGCCCUGCAUCCACAUCACAGAGGAGCAUGUUGGCUCAGGUCUAGAGUGUCCUGUGUGUAAGGAAGACUACAGCACAGGAGAGACAGUCAGGCAGCUUCCAUGUAACCACUUGUUCCACAACGACUGCAUCAUCCCCUGGCUGGAGCAGCAUGACACGUGUCCUGUGUGCAGGAUGAGUCUGAGUGGACAGAACACAGCCAUGAACCCACCAGGAUUAUCAGGAAUGAACUUCACCUCCUCCUCCUCCUCCUCCUCUUCCUCCACUCCUCCGUCCUCCAGCUCCACCAGUCAGGACAACUCUACAGACUCCUAGAACCUCCUCCGCCUUCCUCACCCAUGACCGUGUCCCCCACCCUCCCCCUGUCUGACCCCAACUGGGGGAAGGAUGCCCAGGCCUGGAGGGUUAGGGCUUGGAGGCCGGAGGGGGUAGGGCUUGGAGGCCUGGAGGGGUAGGGCUUGGAGGCCUGGAGGGGUAGGGCUUGGAGGCCUGGAGGGUUAGGGCUUGGAGGCCUGGAGGGGUAGGGCUUGGAGGCCUAGAGGGUUAGGGCUUGGAGGCCUGGAGGGGUAGGGCUUGGAGGCCUGGAGGGACGGAUGCUCUUCCCCCCAGGACUCCCCAGCCUUCAGACCCCUGUCCUCUCUUGGGGUGACGGGCUGGACCCGGCCUCCUGCAGGAGGAGGAGGAAGAGGAGGAUUGUAGAAGUAAUAUCGUGGCUGGAUGGGAUAUGAAACAGGACAGUACUGCUGUUGAACACCUUCAGUAUGGUUGUCUUCAGAGCAAGACUGUAGCUAUUUUUCAUCCAGAUGACUUUUUAAACCAGGUUGUGAUUAUUAAGCUGUCAAGUUUUUAAGUAGCGGUCGCAAGUGCUCAGUUCAAAGUCUUAAUGGACUGAGAUGUUGACUCAUCUACAAUGUAUGUUUGUUCAGUAUUUGAAAAUGGAAAACAUAUUUGUACCCUCUCUCCCAACACAUACACACAUGCACACUCAUACAUAAACAACAGCUAGCUGGAUGGAUGGAAGAUGAGCUUAAUUUGGCCUCCUGGUGGUUUUCACAUCUGCAUAGUUGUCAUCAUGUAUAAUUUCACUAGAUUAAAGACAUUUUUAUUAUGAA